AUGCUAUUCAGGGAAAUUACCGCAACGUGAUGUUUCGAGGUUUGUGCAUGUUCAACGUUUUGCCUAUUUUAACGUUCGAAUGCGUGUAAAAUUAAUCAUUUUUGGCGAAUUUGGAUAAACUUCACGCUAGUUUAAAGUAAAAAAUAUAGUAUGGCAAAGCAGAAAAAAGGGUUGUCGGAUAAAGUAAGAAAAUCAAAGCAACAGAAAAAAUCAUCGAACACGCUUGACAAAGUACGGAAAAAUCCAUUUGAGAUUAAAAUAAACAAACAGAAACAUAAUAUACUUGGAAGGAAAACGAAAAACGACCGAGGAUUACCUGGGGUAUCAAGGUCAAAGGCCAAUAAAAAGAGAAAAGACACUCUGUUAAAUGAGUACAAACAUCGAAACAAGACAAACCAGAUCCGGGAUGCUCGGUUCGGUCUUAAUGAUGAACAGAUGACGAUUGAAGAAAAGAUGUUGCAAAGAUUUUCAAUGGAGAGGAAGAAGAAACAUGAAAAGAUGGCUCAGUUUAAUUUAAAUGAUGAUGAAGAACUAACACAUCUUGGACAAUCAUUGUCAGCCAUCAAGCAGUUUGAUGAUUUUGAUGGAAGUGAUGAAGAGGAUGGACCUGGAGGAACUAUGUCAGGAGAAUAUGUGGAGAAUGCUCACUUUGGAGGUGGAUUUUUCACCAAAAAAUCAUCAGAAGGCAACGACAAUGAGCUUACCAAGACAAGGAAAGAAGUGAUUGAUGAUAUUAUUGCUAAAUCUAAACUGGCAAAGUUUGAGAAAAAGGCAGCAAGAGAGAAAUCGGACGAGCUGAGAGAAAAACUUGAUGAUGCAUGGAGCGACUUUCAAAAACUAAUCCAGCCUUCAGUGAGAACCUCUCAAGAUAAAAACACUGCCAAAGAGAGAUCCAAACCAGAUGAGUAUGACAUGGCGGUCAAGCAAAUGCUUUUUGACAGGAAAGCUGCACCUUCGGAAAAGAUGAAAAGUGAAGCAGAGUUAGAAGAGGAGAGAGCAGCUCUGCUCUGGAAACAGGAAGAGGAAAGGAUUGCUAGGAUGCGAAUGGAUGGUGGGAAUGAAGAUGCAAGCAGGAAGAGAACGCAUCAAUCGGCUGAUGCAUUGGAAGAGGAUUAUGUAGUUGAAAAAGUAAACCAAGCUGAACCAUUAUCGUUUAAUUUUGAUGAUGAAGAUGAGAAGUCUGAAGAUUAUGUUGGGGAGAAUGAGGAAGAGGAAGAAGAUGCUCCAGAGGACCAAGUAGAGUCGGAGCUUGGUGAUCUCGGGAUCGUGGAUGAUGGGGGAGAUUCAGAUGAUGAGAAUGAUGAAGAUCAGUCUGAUGAAUUCUCGGACAUCGACUCUGGCAAUGAGGAGGAUGUUAGUAGCCUGGAGGAACAGCCAGAUGUGGUGGAAGAUGUUGUCAAUAAAGCGGAAGAAGAGGAAGAUGUUGGGGAAAUGUUGAAUAAAUUUCCUGCAUCCUACUCCGAGUUCUCCUUCCUCAUUUCUUCCUCUGCUCUCUCUGCAUCCGAAGUCGUGUCCGAUCUUCGUAAGAGGUUUGCUCCCAGCAUUGGUAAAGGCAACAAAGCAAAGAUGAUUGAAUUAUUCGCUUACAUUUGGCAACACUGCUGCAUGGUGGCUGCCCCUAAACCUGAUUUCAACAUUAUUAACAGCCUUAUUAGCCAUGCUUAUGAACUAUGUGCAUUAAACCCUGAGAACUGCAGUGAGUGUGUGAAGGAAAGAUUGAAAAGGUCUUAUCUUUCUUGUGUGCAAGCAUCCCGUAUUCAACUACCAUCAUUUGAAAUCCUGAUCCAGUUCAAGUUGAUAAAGUUGUUGUAUUCAACAAGUGACUUCUGUCAUCCUGUGGUCACCCCAGCUCUUCUAUUUAUCUCACAUUUGCUUGACUGCUGUUCUGUGCAUACAUUGAGGGAUGUCUCAAAGGGCUUGUAUCUAUGUACUGUUGCAUACGAAUAUGUGUCAUUUUCAAAGAGAUACAUCCCCGAAUGUUUAAACUUUCUCACCACUGUACUUUGCAUGGCAGUUCCUGAUAAACAAAACAAAGCAGACAUACCUACAAUCACCAGCACAAGAAUCAAUGGCAAGAAUUUUGACAUUCUGGUAGUUAAAAAAAAGAAUAAGUUCAAAGAAAAUCAACUUAAGCCUGACCUUUCUGUAAUGAUGGAUGAGAACAAUGACAUAAAUGAUACAGCUCUUGUCAGAUGCCAGCUUGUUGCAACUGCCACACGUCUUACUGCUCUAUUCUCAACUUUAUACUCUGAAGUUCCUGCUUAUGAUGAAGUGUUCACCAAAAUUCACAGUGUAUGUGACAAAUUAAAAACCAGUUUUGACCGGUCUAAUCUAGUCUUGGCAAAACUGGUUGAUGGUGUGUUGAAGUCCAUUGAAUCUAACUGCCAAAAACCAAGGACUCCUAUUUCUUUUGGUCAAAGAAAACCUAAACCUCUGCGAAUGUUUGACCUUAAAAUAGAUGACACUGGUGACCCUUUGAGAAAGAAGUCUAAACAGACAAACGCUCUUAAACGUGAACGUGACCGCCUUCUUCAUAAACGUAAAAGAGAGAUGAAAGGAGCGAUCAGGGAAGUGCGCAAGGAUUCAAAAUUUAUUGCCAGACAUCAACAAAAAGAACAAGAAGCAAUGGAUGCUGAAAGAGAAGCUAAAGUUAAACGACUGUAUGGUUUACUUUCUAAUCAAGAAGGAGAAGUUAAGAAUAUACAAAGGAAGAAAUAUAAGCUUGACAUUUAAGAUGUUUGUUCCCUUUUGUCGAGUACACUGGUGUAUCGCUCAGCCAUAAAUACUAAUAAAUCAUGGAUUUGAAAUGUG